CAUAACGAUAACUUAACACUGACAGCAGGAUUGAGCCUAUAAACAGAGGCCACAAAAUUCUUAACCGUUUUUCUCUCCACUCACACUACACUACACUAUCUAUGGCGGUGGUUAUGGAUCUCCUGCACCGUCCUACGAAGCCGUUAAUCACCUCAUCGCCGCCGUCUAUCUCCGCCGCACAUGACCGGAACUCUAACCAUAACAUUCACGCAUCGAGCAGGCUCCUUCCGCUUCCAAAUUCCACCACCAGCAGCUUCAGAUCACAUCGAAUCUGUUCUCAUUUGGCAUUUCAUGCAUCCAAAUCAGGGCAUGGAUGUUCAUGGAUGCAAGACAACUCAACCUAUAACGAUAUUGUAACCAACAACAAAAGGAAUCACGGUCCAUUACAUUCGGUAUUUCCGCCUAGAUCUGCAGAAUCUGCAGAAGUUUCAUCUGUGAAGGAUCUUUUUGAAUUUAUUUGCUCAGGUCCUCUUAUAGACAAACUCGGGUUCACCCCACAAACAAUAGCCGACUCUAUUGACAAGUGGUUAGAGAACGGGUCCCAAGUGUGUAAACUGUUUCAACUCAAUGAUUUAUACCUGACAACACCCCAGAAAGCUAGAAUUUAUCACUAUUAUAUCCCAGUCUUCCUGUGGUGUGAAAAGCAGAUAUCUGACCAUAGGUCCACGUUUAAAGACGGAGAUGACAUCCCUCCUUUGGUGAUUGGCUUUAGUGCUCCACAAGGUUGUGGGAAGACUACACUCGUCUUUGCUCUAGACUAUCUUUUUAAAACUUCAGGGAGGAAGUCUGCAACUAUUUCCAUCGACGAUUUCUAUUUGACAUAUGAUGAUCAGGCUAAAUUGCGAGAAAACAAUCCUGGGAAUGCUCUUUUAGAGUUUCGUGGAAAUGCUGGAAGCCAUGAUCUUUCUCUUUCUGUUGAAACUCUACAAGCUCUGGGAAAAUUGACUAAAGAAGGUAUGAAGAUGAAGCUGCCCAGAUAUGAUAAAUCCGCCUACAAUGGGAGAGGCGAUAGAGCUGACCCUUCAGUAUGGCCUGAAGUUGAAGGGCCUCUAACAGUUAAUGGUUCGAACUUGGCUUGGAACUCCGAUGUUAUGGAUACAGGAGCCGAGUCACACGUCACUAAAGAGCAAGGUAAAAUCAUAAUCCCUGAUUCUUCUCCUAUUUGUCGUAAUAUUUUGGUCGGUAAUGGCAUGUAUUUACCAAUUAAAGGAUCAGGUACGGGUUUCCACCCUUUACCAAACCGAACCUACAUACUCCCAAACGUCCUUUAUAGCCCUCAAAUAAUUAAAAAUCUUAUUUCCGUUAGACGUUUUACUCGUGAUAAUCAAGUGUCUGUCGAAUUUGACCCGUUUGGUUUUUCUUUGAAGGACCUCAAAACUAAGAAGACACUAUCUCGCCACAAUAGUACCGGGACUCUUUACACGUUCACGCCGCCUCAACUGCCGCCUCAAGCCACCUUUAUUGCUUCCCACCAUCUACCUUGGCAUGAUCGUUUAGGACAUCCCGGGGCGCAAGUUCUAGAUAUUUUAAAUCGUAAUUUUAAUUUUCAAUGUAAUAAGGACAAAAGUCACAAUCUUUGCAAUUCUUGUCAACUUUCGAAUAGUAAAAGAUUACCGUUUUAUUCGUCUAAUACAUUUACUUUUGCUCCUUUUGAUAUUAUUCAUUGCGAUUUAUGGACUUCGCCAAUCACGAGUAAAACAGGAUAUAAAUAUUACAUGGUGCUAAUUGACAAUUUCUCACACUUCGUGUGGGUUUACCCCCUAAAAUAUAAAUCCGAAACCUUUCCAACUUUUGCCAAAUUCCAUCAAUUAAUUCUUACCCAAUUUAACCGAAAAAUAAAAACCUUUCAAUGUGACUUAGGGGGUGAAUUUGACAAUUUAGCAUUUAAAACUUUUGCCCAACAAAAUGGUUUGCUCUUUCGGUUUUCUUGUCCUCAAACAUCCUCUCAAAAUGGAAGGGCCGAGCGUAUGAUUCGCCGCUUGAACGAUAUUAUUCGGGCUCUCUUAAUUCAUGCGAAUCUACCUCCUUCGUUUUGGGUUGAAGCCCUACACACUGCCACUUACCUUCACAAUAUCUUACCAACCAAACGCCUAAAUUUUUACACACCUACCUUUGCCCUUUACCUUCGUCACCCUGAUUACGAACACUUACGAGUGUUCGGAUGUGCGUGUUACCCUAACACAUCCGCUACCCAGCCUCACAAACUUCACCAUCGAUCCAUGCGUUGUAUCUUCCUCGGGUAUCCACCCGACUUCCGUGGCUACCGUUGCUUGGACCCUACCACAGGCAAGGUACAUAUUUCCCGUCAUGUAACUUUUGAUGAGUCCGUGUUCCCGUUCACACGUCCUACUCAUCCUCUCACCUACGAUUUUUUGGACGACACUACCCCACCGGGCUUUUCUUUUCAUCGGCCUGUUACCCAACCCAUUUCUCAGCCCAUUAACCAGCCCGUUAACCAGCCCGUAACCAGCCCCGUAAACCAGCCCGUUAACCAGCCCACAUCACCACCGGUUCCGACCCCGUACCAGUUUACCUACUCCCGUCGUCACCGUACCAACAUUCAAACCAACACCGGCCCAUCUAACCCCUCCGUUGCCAUCCCAAACCAGCCCACAACCGGCCCAUCUAACCCCACACCCACACCAACCCAAACCCAGCCGAUUACCAACCAACAUCCUAUGACAACUCGUUCCAAAUCAAGGUCAAACCCUUCGGCCAUACACAAUACCGUUAACCUUUCACCGGUUCCUACCUCGUAUUCCAAAGCCCUAACUGAUCCUAAUUGGUUGCAUGCUAUGCAGACUGAGUUUACGGCAUUACAAGAUAAUGAAACAUGGGAGCUUGUUCCCCGCCCACUUGACCGUCCCGUCAUUCGUUGCAUGUGGUUAUUUCGGCAUAAAUUUAAAUCGGACGGGUCAUUGGAGCGUUAUAAGGCUAGGUUGGUGGUUAACGGUAAUUCCCAAACAGUUGGUAUUGAUUGUGAUGAGACAUUUAGUCCUGUGGUCAAACCGGCCACCAUUCGCACCGUUUUGUCUCUCGCAGUAUCUCGGGCUUGGUCUAUUCAUCAACUUGAUGUUAAGAAUGCUUUUUUACAUGGGGAACUACACGAGACGGUAUUUAUGCAUCAACCGCCGGGUUUUUAUGAUGCACGAUUUCCUCAUCAUGUUUGUCGAUUGAAGAAAUCGCUAUAUGGGCUUAAACAGGCACCACGGGCUUGGUACACCCGGUUUGCUAAUUUUAUCACCUCCAAAGGGUUCCGCAGCAGCACGUGUGAUCAGUCCUUAUUUGUUUAUCAACAGGGCUCGUCUAAUAUUGCGUAUUUAUUGUUAUAUGUGGACGAUAUAGUUCUCACCGCUUCUAAUGACCGUCUCUUAAACAACAUUAUUAGCACACUCUCUCGAGAGUUUGCAAUGACUGAUCUGGGCAGGUUACAUCAUUUUUUGGGGAUAAAAGUUAGUCAGCAAAAGAAUGGUAUUUUCUUAUCGCAAGCUCAAUAUGCAAAGGACAUCAUCGCUCGUGCUUCGAUGUCCUCAUGUAAACCGUGCUCUACACCGGUUGAUCUUUCAUCUAAGUUGAGUGCUACCGAUGGGGCUCUAUUCUCGGAUCCAACGCUCUAUCGGAGUUUGGCGGGUGCACUGCAAUAUUUGACUUUUACUCGUCCCGAUUUGUCUUAUGCAGUUCAACAGGUGUGUCUCUUCAUGCAUGAGCCUCGAGAUCCUCACUUUGCGUUUAUGAAACGUAUCAUCCGUUAUCUGCAAGGUACAAUUGACUAUGGCAUACGGAUUGUCCGAUCAGCAUCCUCUGAUUUGGUGGCUUAUUCUGAUGCUGAUUGGGGCGGCUGCCCAGAUUCGAGACGCUCCACAUCGGGUUAUUGUGUUUUCCUAGGUGACAACCUCAUCUCAUGAUUUGCUAUUCGAACUUCACACCCCUUUAACACGUGCAUCAGUGGUGUUUUGUGACAAUGUCUCAGCGGUCUAUUUGUCCAAUAAUCCGGUUCAACAUCAACGGACAAAACACAUCGAGAUUGACAUUCAUUUCGUACGCGAGAAAGUUCGUCUUGGGCACAUUAAAGUUCUUCAUGUCCCAUCCUCCAUGCAGUACGCGGAUAUAUUUACUAAGGGAUUAUCUCGUGAACUAUUCCAAUCGUUUCGGUCCAGCUUGAGCGUUUGUCCUCCGCCCGCUCAAACUGAGGGGGUG